CCGUUUGGGCUCCAGACGUUUCCGCGGAACGCUCGUGCUGAGCGCGCCAGAUCCCGUGCAUUGGCCAUUCCUGCCGGCAAAAUGUCCGCCGCGAGCCUCGUAGGCGAGGUUGAGCAGGGCCGUGUCGAGGGGUCACCCGUCAGCAGGGUGUCGGCCCAGUACGUGGAGCUGGAGAAGUCGGACCCGCUGCUAUCGGAGAACCCGCAGCGCUGGGUGAUGUUUCCCAUUCAGCACGCGGACAUCUGGGAGAUGUACAAGAAGCAUGAGGCCUCCUUCUGGACUGCGGAGGAGAUCGACCUCUCGCAGGACAACAAAGACUGGGACGCCUUGGCGCCUCAAGAGAGGCAUUUCAUCAAGCACGUCCUGGCCUUCUUCGCGGCCUCCGACGGCAUCGUGCUGGAGAACCUCGCGGCGCAGUUCUCCACGGAUGUGCAGGUACCAGAGGCCAGAGCUUUCUACGGGUUCCAGAUGGCGAUGGAGAACAUCCAUUCGGAGACCUACUCCCUCCUUAUCGAGCAGUACAUCAGGGACCCCGAGGAGAAAAACAUGGUCUUCAAUGCAAUCAGCACCAUGCCGCCGAUUCGGGAGAAGGCGGAGUGGGCGGUGCAGUGGAUGAACCACGAGAACAGCUUCGCUGAGCGCAUCAUCGCCUUCGCGGCCGUGGAGGGUGUCUUGUUCAGCGGCUCGUUCUGCGCGAUCUACUGGCUUAAGAAGCGUGGCUUGAUGCCAGGCCUUACGUUCUCAAACGAGCUCAUCUCGCGGGACGAGGGCUUGCACGCAGAGUUCGCUUGCCUCCUCUACAACAAGCUGCAGAACAAGCUGCCUGAAGACGUUGUGCACGGCAUCGUCCGCGGGGCCGUGGAGGUGGAGCGCCGCUUCAUAUGCGAGGCUCUCUCGUGCGACCUGAUCGGCAUGAACAAUGAUCUGAUGACGCGGUACAUCGAGUUCGUAGCCGACCGGCUCCUCACGGCGUUGGGCCAUUCAAAGCUGUUUAACGCUACCAACCCGUUCGAUUGGAUGGAGCUUAUCUCGCUGCAGGGGAAGACUAAUUUCUUCGAGAAGCGUGUCGGCGACUACCAGAAGGCGGGCGUGAUGUCGUCGACAAACGCCGGCUCGGAGGAGAGCAAGGGCUUCGCUCUGGACGUCGACUUCUGA